UUGAUAACGUGAUGGCAUUACGUACAUUUUUAGGUGUAUAUAUAGUCUGUGACAUCGCUGUACACACAGAAUCAAGGAUACGUUCAUAUGUUCACGGGAAAAUGCUGCUAAUAAUAGCAUUUACAUCGCUAAGCCUUUGCGAGGCGUUUAUUAUGGACGAAAACUGCGUUCACUGCAACUGGAACGGCGUAUGUCAAACACAGUCUAGACAAUGUGAAUGCUACCAUGGCUUCAAAGGGGCCGACUGUAGCGUGGGCUGUGGUUGUCAAGGACACGGGGUUUGUAACCAAGAUAACACAUGCCAAUGCGACAAUGGCUGGAAAUGGUCGAGCUCCCAACACAAGUGCAUUUGGGACUGCACCUGCCCUACCGGCGUGCAGUGCAUGGGCCCCGGUAUAUGCGCAUGUAAGCAAGCGUGUCGGUACGGUACCUGCUGGAACGGACAGUGUGAAUGCUGGGAAGGGUACACGGGCGACCAAUGUGACAGGCUGGACAAAAACACCAUGAUGAACCGCGACAUAUCUGUUGGUAUGAACAUAGAAGGCCUCGAAUACUGGUCACCGGAACUGAAGUUCGUCGACGUGGCCAAGCUCUCGUCAGAGUGGAUCACUCAACGAGACCAAGACGGCCGAUGGGACACACAAGAGCAGAACAAGAUCACGUGGAGGUCUGACGGAUACCCGGCGAGGCUUGAAAAAUCUCUGUCAGUCGUGAAGUUAGUUCUUCGGGGUGAACCGGGUUUACAUGGUCCCCAGGGUAACUUCGUCUUACUGUAUGAUGGCGACGGCGAAAUCACAUUUGCCCUGGUAUCACACACAGUGCACUACAAUGGAAAAGGUAAGAUUCCCUCGUUAACCCUUGUCCGUUCAGAAGCAAAGUGAAAAUGACUUUUGCAACCAGAAUAAGACCAGAACAGGCUGCGAGGAACACGUCGGCUGUCCAGG